UCUCUCAUCUCUCCUCUUCCCUUCUCCCAAGCACAUUUGGAUAGCUGCCUGGAGUGCAGGCCUGGCUCCAAAUCCAUGAAAAUUUGCCAAAUAUAAAAGCUUCUCAAGAAUGAGAUGGAUCCUGGGGCAUCCUCCCCUGAGAAGCAGGAUAAAGAAAACUUAGUGGGCAUCAGCAGUAAACAUCUUGGUGUUUGUGGCUGGAUCCUGUUUUCCCUUUCUUUCCUGUUGAUGAUUAUUACCUUCCCUGUCUCUAUAUGGAUGUGCUUGAAGAUCAUUAAGGAGUAUGAACGUGCUGUCAUAUUCCGACUGGGACGCAUCCAAGCUGACAAAGCCAAAGGGCCAGGUUUAAUACUGGUCCUGCCCUGCACUGAUGUGUUUGUCAAAGUUGAUCUCCGGACUGUUACUUGCAACAUUCCUCCACAAGAGAUCCUCACCAGAGACUCUGUGACCACACAGGUGGAUGGAGUUGUCUAUUACAGAAUCUAUAGUGCUGUCUCGGCAGUGGCUAAUGUCCACGAUGUCCACCAAGCCACAUUUCUGCUGGCUCAGACCACUCUGAGGAACAUCUUAGGGACACGGACCUUGUCCCAAGUCUUAGCUGGCCGAGAAGAGAUCGCCCAUAGCAUACAGACUUUACUUGACGAUGCCACCGAGGUGUGGGGGAUCCAGGUGGCCCGGGUGGAGAUCAAAGACGUCCGGAUUCCUGUGCAGUUGCAGAGGUCCAUGGCAGCUGAGGCUGAGGCCACCCGGGAAGCCAGGGCCAGGGUCCUUGCAGCAGAAGGAGAACUGAAUGCUUCUAAAUCUUUGAAAUCAGCUUCCAUGGUGAUGGCUGAGUCCCCCAUAGCCCUCCAGCUGCGUUACCUGCAAACCUUAACUACCGUAGCCACAGAGAAGAAUUCCACCAUAGUGUUUCCUCUGCCCAUGAAUAUACUAGAGGGCAUUGGUGGUGUCAGCUACAAUAACCACAAGAAGGUUCCUAACAGAGCCUGAGGCCCUCCUGCUGUAGGCAGCCAUUAGCUUAGGGAGUCCUGUCUAUCCUGUGAAGAGCCCAGCAUGUAGAAGUGUUGAGGAUUUCAACACUAUUCAAGCAGAGUAACUCCACAGCUGGAGUAGUAUUAGCAGGGAAAUGCUUUUGGGGCUACAAAAACAAGCAAACAAACAAAAAACAAAAAUGAGGCCUGUGUACUAUUUUUAUUUUUAAGAACAUAAACAGCUUCACAUUAUUCUUGUAAUAAUCCAUCAGUGGCUGUCCCUGCCUUGUAGCAGAAACUUUCUAGCAGUAGGGGGAAGAAAUCUUUGGGUGACUAUGACUAAGAUUUCAGAAUUACGUUUUAAUGGUUUUAAGAGGCACUCUAGAUAAUUUGUAAAGUAAUGUAGGCCUCAUAUUUAUACUAGGCAUUUGCUUUAUCAUUCCAAAGUAAUUAUUUGCUAAAUUUCCAAUAAUUACAACAAAAUCCCACAAGGCUGAAAAUUAAGAUUGAUUUUGAUGCUGAAGACUAAAGAGGCACUGAGGCUUUCAGUUGCAAACUUAUCACCACCAGCCCCCCCACCCC